AUGCCUAGCACGCUGUUUCUACGGCUCCUUACCAGGUCAGCAUGGUCUAGCUCGCGUGGUGUCUUUAUGCCCGCCGCCGCCGCCGCCCUCCCACCAAAGAGCACCAGCAUUCGGCGGUUUGGGCAGACUGCUGGCCGUAGCAAGGCCGCAGGGGAGGAUGAUCCCAGACUCAAGGAAACGUUGGGGAGGGAGAUUGCAGACGACUAUGCUACUCUGCGGACCAACUACGCAAGCCCCAAGCUGCCCGUCGUGCUGGCGCACGGCCUGCUCGGCUUCGCCACCCUGGAGCUGGCGCAGCUUUUCCCGCCCAUCGAGUACUGGCACGGCAUCCGGGCGGCGCUCGAGGCGCGCGGCGUGACGGUCAUCACCCCCUCGGUGCCGGCCUCGGCCUCGAUCCAGGUGCGGGCCGCGCGCCUGGCCGAGCAGAUCGCGGCCGCCGUGCCCGCCGGGACCCCCGUCAACAUCGUGGCGCACUCGAUGGGCGGCCUGGACGCGCGCCUCAUGGCCUCGCCCGCCUUUGAGCCGGAGCUGCUCUCGAGGAGCGCCACGGCCGGCCGCCGCCUCAACGUCGCGUCCCUCGUGACCGUGUCGACCCCGCACCACGGCAGCUCCUACGCCGACCACGUCAUCGCCGCCCUGGGUCCCCGGCGCUUCGAGCGCGCCCGCGGCGUGCUCGCCUCGGCCACGGGGUGGAGCGACACGGGCGCGUUCGAGCAGCUGACCCCGCGCCACAUGGACGCCGUCUUCAACCCGGCCACCCCGGACCACCCGGACACGGCCUACUUCUCGUACGGCGCCAUGACGGACGGGCCGCCGCCGCUCAUGUCGCCCUUUCGCGUCUGCCACCGCGUCAUCGAGGAGCGCGAGGGCCCAAACGACGGGCUCGUGUCGGUCCGCAGCGCCCGGUGGGGGUCGUACCGCGGCACCAUCAAGGGGGUCACGCACCUGGGGCUCAUCAACUGGACCAACCGCCUGAGCUGGUCCGUGAGAAAGAUGCUGGGCCAAAAGGAAACCUUCAAUGCGCUGGCCUUUUAUCUUGACAUAGCAGACAUGCUCGCCAAAGAAGGCUACUGAGAUAUCCAAUCUCUACUCUUUCUCACUGAUUUGUUACACAUUGCAUGGCGUCAAGUGAUGGCAUAGACACGCCAGGGAGCUGGAUUCCGCUCGCCUGACGACAUUAAUUAUGGUGUUCUAUAGAUGAAGAAUUUGCAGAAAAAAAUAUAGCUCAGGUUUCCAGAUAAAAAGACUCCGUGGUACGGCAUUUAUGACGUUUUAAUGCGCCGCGGAUAUCGGAACUUGGACCAAUAUCUCAGACAAUGUAGC